CCGCCGCCGCCGGCGGGCCCAGGCCGCCCCGAUGCCCGAGCCGGGCCCCAGGAUGAACGGCUUCUCGCUGGGCGAGCUGUGCUGGCUCUUCUGCUGCCCGCCGUGCCCCAGCCGCAUCGCCGCCAAGCUGGCCUUCCUGCCGCCCGAGCCCACCUACGCCGUGCUGGCGCCCGAGCCGCGCGGCCCCGGCGCCCCGGGCCCGGGCCCGGCCUCCGCCGCCGCCGCCGCCCCCGCCGCGGCCCAGCCCGCGCCGCCGCCGCCCGGGGCGCCCGGGCCCGCGCCCGGCGCCUGCAGCCUGCGCCUGAGCGAGCGCGCCGACUGGCAGUACUCGCAGCGCGAGCUGGACGCGGUCGAGGUCUUCUUCUCGCGCACCGCCCGCGACAACCGGCUGGGCUGCAUGUUCGUGCGCUGCGCGCCCGCCAGCCGCUACACGCUGCUCUUCUCGCACGGCAACGCCGUGGACCUGGGCCAGAUGUGCAGCUUCUACACCGGCCUGGGCUCGCGCAUCAACUGCAACAUCUUCUCCUACGACUACUCGGGCUACGGCGUCAGCUCGGGCCGGCCCUCGGAGAAGAACUUGUACGCCGACAUCGACGCCGCCUGGCAGGCGCUACGCACGCGGUACGGUGUCAGCCCCGAGAACAUCAUUCUCUAUGGCCAGAGCAUUGGGACGGUUCCCACCGUAGACUUGGCCUCGCGGUACGAGUGUGCAGCAGUAAUCCUCCACUCCCCUCUCAUGUCUGGAUUGCGCGUGGCUUUUCCAGACACCAGGAAAACAUACUGCUUUGAUGCCUUUCCCAGCAUUGACAAGAUAUCGAAAGUCACCUCUCCCGUGCUGGUCAUUCACGGCACCGAGGACGAGGUCAUCGACUUCUCCCACGGCCUUGCCAUGUACGAGCGCUGUCCUCGAGCCGUGGAGCCCCUGUGGGUGGAAGGCGCUGGCCAUAAUGACAUAGAGCUCUAUGCACAGUAUCUAGAGAGACUAAAACAAUUCAUAUCUCACGAACUCCCUAACUCCUGAAGACAGCCGCUGCUUUACCUCAUUUGCCGUGAACAGAAGCACCCUCCGUGUUAUACACGCUUUCACAGGAUAGCGGUAACAGCCCAGUCACCAUGAAGAAGUGCCAGCCUUCAGGGUGCUCUGCUUGACGUCUUUUGUAUCUAGAGUUGUUCUAAUUCCCGCCACCCAUUAAUUGAGCAGUGGUUCCCAGCGUCAUUGCCUGCAGAGGAACUGAGAACUAGAGUGGCCUGUGGGACCGUCUUCCAGAGCUGUAGAAAGUGUGUCCCGUUGUUUCUCACCUCGCCAUCUUCUCUGAUUUAUUGACGUAGGACUCGACCCUCCCUCCUCCAGUGUUCCCGGUAUUUGACCUCAGUUUUUUCUCAGCCUCGGGGUUCCGGGGUCAGUCCAUUUGUGAGCUGUGCUAGUGUAACUGGAAGACUCCUGUGAGGAGUUCCUUAUUUGGGUUAACAUGCUGUUUUCUUCCCAAACAGAUGACUCAAAGAGUAAUUUACUGUAACUAUCAUGAGCAGCCUCCCCAACUGCAACCAUAUAAAUAAAACUGGAAUAUUCUUACACAAAAGGAACUGGGGGUUUUUUAAGUGUAAAUUUAUUACUAGCCAACAGAGUUUUAAUAUUUUGAUUGUUGGGUCAGUCUAACAGAGCCUGGCUGACUUUCCUACUGUAAAGCCCUCCUUGUAGGCUUUUUUAAACUACUGUACAUAUUUGCAAUUACAUUGUGCAUAGAUUCUUAAUGGGUAGUUUUCUUUUGUCAGGCUACAAUGAUGAACUACAGAUUCCUUGUUUGUAAUGUAAAUGAUUGAAUACAUUUUGUUAAUAUGUUUUUAUUCCUAUGUUUUGCUAUUAAAAUUUUUAUAACAUUUCCAAGACAAAAAUUCCAAGUUUAUGCUUUGAAGAAUUUAUGUAAUUAAAAUUUCACUAAACUAAUCUGUUUAGGAGUUACUUGGGUUUGACACUGGAAUUGCGCCAAAUAAGCAUCGGAAAUGUAAGAUUCUUAAAAUUGCUACACUGCUUGUGUUGGUUGGGGAUUUUGGGGGGAGUCCUUUGGUUUAAUUUCUUUUCAAAUUUAAAAGCCUUAAAUGUACUGUAAACCUCAGAUUGUUGUGCACCCGGAUUGCGGUUGAUUGCCAGUUUGUGUACUGUUGCUUGAAUGCAGCACAGUGGUUGGUAAUGGAAUAAAGGACGCAUGGAGCAGA